AUGCCCCCGACGACUCCAAAUGCUGUCUCCCAAGUUGCUACUCGUGCCAAAACGGCCGCUCUACUAACCUUAGAUGUUUUUAACAAAACUAUGGCUGAGCACCAAAAAACUCAAAUUGAAACCCUGGACCAAUGUAAACUACUAUGUGAAUCCCAAAGUUCUAAGUUUACUGAGCUGAAAGAAAGCAUUAGUCAUCUGUCAACUCAGGUGGCGGACUUAAAAUUAGACAAUGACAAUCUUCGUGAGAACAUCUCUAAUCUCAACAAGCGUAUCCAAGACCUCGAAGCGGUAAACAGUUGUCGUCCUACUUUUUCGGCUAGCACUGUCCCUAGCAUUCUUCAAGAGAUCUCCGAGCGUGAGCGAUGCUCUCGGAAUGUCAUUAUUCGUGGAUUAAAGGAAUCGUCAUCUUCUGUUAUAGAAGAAAGAAUCUCAGAUGACACUUCGAAAAUAGCUGAGAUAAUCGACCCAUACUUUCCUGAAGCAGUUGCUAAUCUCAAGUCAAUCAGACUUGGCAAACCUAAUGAUAGGGGUCCGAGACCUCUCAAGGUAUUCUUCUCUUCCAAAGAAAUAGCUCUCAAACUAGUUUCUGACUUCAAUAAAAAUGCCAGAGGCCUUCCCCCUGACAGCAGGCCUCGUUCUGUCACUAUGACCCGUGAUCGCACCCCACUUGAACGAGAGUCUAUCCGUCUUGUAUACACCGAAUUGGAAAACCGUAAAAAGAACGGAGAAACUGACCUGACGAUCAACUACAGAGAUGGAUUCCCCUUCAUUGUGCCACUUUCUCGGUCAUCGCAGACCAGACGCCAUCAUGCGUCUACUUCUACAUUUGUCCAUCCAAAAAACUAUCAAGUACCGACCUGCCACUGCCUAAUCAACCGCCUCCUGCUUCGAACAAAGCCUUCUUCUACUACUGCUCAUGUCUUUCAGAUCUACACCACAACUGUAUGUAUAACUUUAAAUCUCAAUCGUCUUACUGUACGCGCUGCCACUCAGCUCAACAAACUUUAA